ACUGACAAACCCAUCCUUUGCGUUACAACUGAAAAUUCCCCGUCAUUGCAAAAGGAAGCGGAACAGACAACGCCGCAUCUGGCGCGUUUCUUUCCGUCUUCACUCCACGCAGCUUCUAAUGGGAACCGCAAAAUAUAGGAUACGUUCAUUUGCGGCGUCGUUCUUUCUGCUGGUCCUCUGCAUCGUUCCCAGUGGUGUGUGCGGAGCGGAAGCAUGCCGCGCAAGACACCCCAAAAGUGGCGGCGCUGUGGACGGCGAAUGUCUUCCACUACUGAGAUGUACGCGGUCCUUGCGAGGGAUUCUGAGACUAAAGUUUCCAAGGUUCUGCAAAGCGCGCGGGCUCGUCCCUAUCGUGUGCUGCCCUAGGAUGACGCAAAUGCAGGACGCUAAGCGGUUGUCCGUCGCAACUGCAUCGAGUACAACGCCACGUCCGACAACAACACCUUCUGGAACAACUCUCCCGAAGAGCUCGACCUUGGACAGCUCGAGAACGACUUCAGAGAGCGGUGUACGGCCAUGUGAGAGCGUUGGUGGUGUACACGGACUUUGCGUUCCCUCUAAGACGUGCGACUACGAGCAGAGACGGCCACGAGAAGAACACCUUCCAACGUUGUGCGACUUUCGUCAUGGGACAACGUACAUCUGCUGCCCUUUGAAUGCGACUGAACAGACGGCAGGGCGCUAUUCUGAGGAUGACCUACGGAUAUCCCGUUUGUCUGAUGUAGUGCUCAAUGAAAAUAGAAGGUACUGCGGUAAAGCGGUGCCAAGGCUGGUGCGCAGAGCCGCCAUGUUUGUACGGCCAGCGGUUAUACGUGGAAGGAAUGUGAAACUUGGAAAAUACAAGUUCGCGGUUGCCAUAUUUCACGAAGGCUCGCACGAGCGCAACUUCUGGUGCGGAGGAGUGCUCAUCACAGAUCGCGUCGUGUUAUCGGCAGCCCACUGUUUCCACGAUAAGCUUAACGACACUCGUUUCAUGGCCCUAGUUGGUGGCGUCAGUAUAGAGCAGAGCCAACACCAAAAAGAGAGCUACGAGCGCCGCGUCCAAUCCAUUCACAUCCACCCCACCUACGACAAGCGGCGGUUCUACGGCGACGUGGCCCUUCUUGUACUGGAUACGGCCGUUCCCAUCAGAGCAAUACAAGCCCCUGCCGCCUGCCUACCCGAGAAAGGAGCUGAGCCUGGUGCAGACAGGGCUAUUGUACUCGGCUGGGGACACGAUAUGUUCGGUGGCCGCUUGCAAACACACUUACAAGAAGGCGAGGUUCCCAUCGUUGACACCAACCGAUGCGACAAGAUCUAUCAAGGCCUCUCGAACUACGAACGAAUUUUUCCGCGGGGCGUCGAAGAAAGUUUUGUCUGCGCCGGGAAUCUCACAAGCAAAGGUGCCGACGCUUGCCAGCAAGACUCCGGCGGACCCCUGGUCAUCGAGGCUUCGGCUAAUGACCGGAUCUUCUGGGAGCUGGCAGGCAUCGUGUCUUUCGGAGUCGGCUGCGGCUCAUCAGACUUUCCUGGAGUGUACAGCAGGGUAUCCACGUUCCUGCCUUGGAUUCUUCGUACGAUAUCCGAGCAUGCGUUUCCGGGGGCAACGUUAAUUUGAUGGAAGAUCUGGGAUACCAAUAUGGCCAUGCAGGCGGGCGGAGAUCGAUUAAGGCCCGGUUUCACAAGCGCUGGUUAAGUUUGAACCGAGAUCAAGCGUCACUAAAACUUGAAGUCAACACUCAAUUAUUUUUUUGCAAACGUUAGUUGGUGACGUCAUGAAUGUUUCAGUAACAAUAACUCCCUUUAGUGAAGCACAGAUAUAACAGUUAAAUUCAAGUUAACAGACCGUUGAUCUCGGCUCAGAUCGUUGAUGAAACCGUGCCUAUAUGUGAAAGUUACAGCUUAGUUACAAAGUAAUAUCACUCUCCAGUAAGGAGUUAAAGGGUCUGGAGGGAAUGAGGAGACUCUGUUUUGAGAGUAAUUGUACUCUCCAAAAGGGAGUGACAUACAGGGUGUCCCAGAAAAUGUGUCAUUGAAUUAUAAUAAAAAACUACGCCACCUAGAACCUAGAAUCAUGCGGUCAACGGCAUUUGUUCUUAUUAGGUUUUUGCCACCUUCUAAAGUUACUGUCAUGUACCCCAAGUUUAAUUAUGUAAAUGUUCGCGAACUGAACUCGGAAAUUUGCCAAGUAAAGGUCACUUUUUUACCCCACCAAUAUGAAG